CCGGCCGACGCGCGUCCCCACCGCCACCUGGGCCGCCGGCAGGCAGGCGGCUCAGGAGCCUCACCUUGAUCCAGACCUUCUUCGGCUGUGGUCACCCUGGGACUGCAGCUGGCAGCAAGAGGGACACAUAUGUGACUAGACAGGGACCCUAGCUGUACCCUUGCCAGAGCUUAGCAGCCAUCAUCCAAAGAGCUGGGUGUGAGUCCCCAGGCCAGUCCCUUCCCCUCCUGGAGCUCAGUUUCCCUGUAGGUAAAAUGGGUGUGGCCGGCCUCCCUGCAGCCUUGUUGCUAGGACAGCUGAGAAGGAUGCUGACCGUGUCCUCUGUCUCCCUGCAGACGGAGGCCCAGGAGCCAUGGGCGACUGGGGCUUCCUUGAGAAGCUGCUGGACCAGGUCCAGGAGCACUCGACCGUGGUGGGCAAGAUCUGGCUGACGGUCCUUUUCAUCUUCCGCAUCCUCAUCCUGGGCCUGGCUGGCGAGUCAGUGUGGGGCGACGAGCAGUCGGAUUUCGAGUGUAACACGGCCCAGCCGGGCUGCACCAACGUCUGCUACGACCAGGCCUUCCCCAUCUCCCACAUCCGCUACUGGGUGCUGCAGUUCCUCUUCGUCAGCACGCCCACCCUGGUCUACCUGGGCCAUGUCAUUUACCUGUCUCGGCGCGAGGAGCGGCUGCGGCAGAAAGAGGGAGAGCUGCGGGCACUGCCGGCCAAGGACCCGCGCGUGGAGCGGGCACUGGCAGCCAUAGAGCGACAGAUGGCCAAGAUCUCGGUGGCGGAGGACGGUCACCUGCGGAUCCGCGGGGCGCUGAUGGGCACCUAUGUGGCCAGCGUGCUCUGCAAGAGUGUGCUAGAGGCAGGCUUCCUGUACGGCCAGUGGCGUCUCUACGGCUGGACCAUGGAGCCUGUGUUCGUGUGCCAGCGCUCACCCUGCCCCUACCUCGUAGACUGCUUUGUCUCACGCCCCACGGAGAAGACUAUCUUCAUCAUCUUCAUGCUGGUGGUUGGACUCAUCUCCCUGGUGCUCAACCUGCUGGAGCUGGCGUACCUGCUGUGCCGCUGCCUCAACCGGGGGAUGAGGGCCCGGCAGAGCCAGGACAUGCCCCCAGCCCAGGGCACCUCCUCGGAGCCUUAUGCUGACCAGGUCUUCUUCUACCUCCCCGUGGGUGAGGGGCCCUCAUCCCCGCCGUGCCCCACCUACAACGGGCUCUCGUCCAGUGAGCAGAACUGGGCCAACCUGACUACGGAGGAGAGGCUGGCUUCUUCCAGAACACCCCUCUUCCUGGACCCACCCCCCCAGAGUGGCCGGAAAUCCCCCAGUCGCCCCAGCAGCUCUGCUUCCAAGAAACAGUAUGUAUAAGAGCCAGGGAAGUCUUGCUGCCUUUAGUGCAAGACUCUGCAGAGAUGACUGGGGCUGGGGAAGCAGGUGCUUGCUGGCCAGAAGGCCUCACUGCAUGUUGUUCUUGAACACCUGGGGCCUUCCUGGUGUCCAGAGGGCGCCAUAGUUUCCCCUCCAGAAUGUGGCUUUGUCCCAGGCACAGACAGAGGCAGCUUGGGGUGCUCUUGGCCAAGGGUGUUUGGGCCCUGUGGUCUUUCUCACCGUGUUCAAAGGGACUCGGAGACAACUUACUCCACCCCCAGCCCCGUGGAAGAGUCAUGUCUGCCCAGGUUGUCCACACACCCUGUCCUCACAGAAAAACGCUGGUCAAGGCUGCUGGGUCAGCCUUGAUCCCACACACAGACAGAGCCUGUGCUGGAUCUGGCCCUCUCAAGGGGACGGAGGUCUUGUUCUCAUCACUCCUUCCUAGUUCUGCUGUUUAUCCUUCUAAAAUAAACAGGACUUGACCACAAGCGAGGUGUGUAUUGAUACUGUCAUGAUGUGCCUGGGGUGGGGGGACAGCUGCUUUACCCAGGCUUCCCCUUUGGUCCUGCAUCAUCUGUCUUUGGCCUUAGCAAUCCCAACACCAGGCAGCACCUUAAACCC